GUUGCCCAGGUGGAGACUGCUCUGGACGCCUCCCAGGGAACAGCGGACGGCAACACUUGCCGCAGCUCGAGGCACAGAGGGUGCACUACAGGCAGGAGUGGGGCAGAGGCCGAGGCGAGGAGGGGACCGCCCCAGCCGUUUCUCCCCUGCGUGUGCUGCGCCUUCGCGCUCGGAGCAUCGCCUCCCCUUGCGAGCCUGACCCAAGGCCGGGGCUGGACGCGUGGGCCCCUCUCUUUGGCCUCCCUGACGUCCCUGGCCUCCUGCAGGAGCAGAGAUGCGGCCAAGUGUCGCGGCCGCGGUGGCCGCGGGGCUGUGGGUCCUGUGCACGGUGGGUGCGGCGGCCCCCCCGCGCUGCCUGCUCUCACACUACCGCUCGCUGGAGCCCCGGACGCUGGCGGCGGCCAAGGCGCUGAGGGACCGCUACGAGGAAGAGGUGCUGAGCUGGGGGCGGCGCAACUGCUCCUUCCACCCCAGGAGGGAUCCUCCGCGGCCGUCGUCCUGCGCGUGGCUCCGACACGUGGCCCGAGGCAUCGCGGACGCCCAGGCGGUGCUCAGCCGCCUGCACCGCCCGGAGCUGCUCCCUGGCGCCGGCCGGAUCCUGGAGCUGCUGGCGGCCGCGGGGAGGGACGUGGCGGCCUGUCUCGAGCUGGUCCGGCCGGGCUCCUCCAGGAAGGUCCCCGCGGCCCCGAGGAGGCGUCGCAAGCCGCAGAGAGCUGUCUCGCCUCGGUGCCGCGAAGCCCGCGUGGUCUUCAACCUCCUGCGCCUGCUCACGUGGGAGCUCCGGCUGGCGGCGCGCUCGGGGCCUUGCCUCUGACCCCGCCCCUUCCGCCAGCUCCGAAACCUCCACGCCAUUGGCUGCCGAAAGUGGCCCCUUUCGCCCAUUGGCCUGACCAGGUGAGGCUCUCAGCCAAUAGGCACUGAGGCACAGGAACUUCUCUGCAGCCUUGGGCCUGACUUGGAGCCUCUGUCUCGGACACGAGAGGCGCGGGUCCUUCCUCCAGGGAACAGAGCGCCGUUCCCCAGGAAGCAGCGAUGUUUCCUCGGGGUGCAUUGUGCGAUCCUCCAAGGGCUGCUGUAGCAGGAAGAGACUUGUGCUCUAGAAACUGUGGUUGACCCCAGGCACGGCACCAGUUCCUCCUUGUGUGGUUACCAGGACACCCCCAAACCCGGGGCCCAACCCUGGAUUUGUAGCCCCACAGCCAGCUUUGGGAUUCUGUGAAUCUGUGACUCUUGGAUCCAGCAUCUGGGGAGUAGCAUUCCCUGAGGAAUUUGGUAGUGAAAUCCAAGAGUCCUUACUUGACCGUAGUUCUUUAGAUUCCCUGACCUCUGUUGUUUGUAUUUGUGAAAUUCCUGUGUAUUUGCUGUUCCGUCUCCUGGUUUAUUAAAGUUAUUAAAGAGUGUUUUGAUUGCAUUGGUUGUUUUCCGUAGGAUGGUUCUGAGGUGCACCUUACAGCAAAAAUAGAGGCUGAGCCAGGGACUCAGGUGGCCUGAGUUUCAGUUCUCACCUGCCAGUUAAUUACAGUGCACGACAGGACAAAUUGCUUUCUGAGCCCGUGUUUCCUCACCUGUAGGAUGGGUUAGUGUACUUGCCUUGUGGAGGAGUAGUGUACGUUGAGAUCACGUU